ACUUUGCAUUUAUUGCUUGCUUAUCACUCACCUCACCCAUCCUUUGUCAGACAAACCAGUACCUUGGUCUUUCAAACCCAACCAAUCAACCAACCCACCCAAUGACCUCCACCCCAGACAAUGUCGAAUACAAGGGAACUUGCCAUUGUGGCCGGUUCCAAUUCAAACUACAUCUCUUCCGCCCCUUGGAAGCAGUGCAUGCGUGUCAUUGCACAAUCUGUGCCAAGAAGGGGUACCUGUGGCUAUUCCCUGCUGAACAAGAUUUUCAAGUUACACGGGGGGGCUGGGGAGCUGGUUUGCUACGACUCUGGUAAUGGGGGUCAUGGAAAGCAUAUGGUAAAUACCUUGCCAGGGACUGACGAUGUUGACUAAUUGUUAAACCGUGUCUCACUUUAGUUCUGUCCGACAUGCGGGACGGGGCUAUCGGUAAGGGGACAUCAGAUGCCGUCGGGGGAGGUCGGGAUGGGAGUAAAUGCGCGGGCGUUGGUGGGAGUUAAUCCGUUCAAGCUAGGGGUUGAGAGUUAUACGCCGGGAAAUAUAUCGCAUGAUAGUUCUCCCACAGAGCUCACUCACACUGACACUGACACCCCAUCCGAGAAGAUCUACACCGGUAGCUGCCACUGCACCGCAGUCCGCCUCUCUGUUCAAACCAAACCACUACCGGAGAUUGAAGUGAAGGAGGAUAACUGCAGCAUUCGCCAGCGGAACGCCAAUAUCUGUAUAUAUCCCCACCGGUCACAGGUUGCUCUCCACGGCGAGGAGAACUUGACAGAGUAUCGCUUUGGAAGGGGAUUCACAGGACACCAAUUCUGCAAGAUAUAUGGUGUGCAAAUGAGUAUGAAGUUGCAUGGACCGCCUCAGUCGGUGGUGGAUAAUCUUCCGCUAGAGAAGCAAGAAAUGGUCAAGCAGAAGUUGGCUAUUGUGCCGAUCCGAGUGGCGGUUCUGGACGGGGUGGAGUGGGCAGAUCUGGAAAUUGAGAGAACGGAUGAGGGGACAGAAGGGUAUAUUGUUGACUAAUGGGGCAAUAGUGGUGAGUACUGUAUAUAUAUU